UAUUUAUUUAAUUUAUUAUUUUUUUUAUUACUAAUGUACUAUAUGUUGGCUAACUGAAGAUGGCACCUCUUUACAAAAAUCUCUUACUGUUGCAGCGUCAGAGGCCUCCCUUGCCAAUAUUAGGUAUUUAUUACUCCUUUAACAGUUUUCAUUUUUUGCCAACUUAAUAGGCAGACUCUAUAUAGUGUUAUGAAAUUUCAGACCAGAAUACUUUUUAUGCCUAGGUCUGUAACUGUUUUCAACAUUUUCUCAAUCUUGUUCCCUGUUUGGAUUAGGUGACUUUUAGCUCUUGAACAAGCAGGAUGCUGGGGAAGAGGGUUUCUCUGAUAUGUAUUUCUCCCGGCAGGAAAAGCUUCUUAAGACUCAGUCUAGUCUGAAGGACAAGAUGAAGAAAGCCGUAUAUUUUCAGGACAUGGAAAUGAAGAAUGCUACCAAGUGGAAGGAGAAGAUGAAGAAUCAGCGAAUGACGAUCAGCGCAGAGUUUGCAAAGCUGCACCACUUCUUGGCAGAAGAAGAGCAGCUGUUUCUUCAGAGACUGAGCGAAGAAGAAGAAGAGACGAAGAAGAAACAGAAUGAGAACACAUUAAAGCUCCAUCAGAAAAUCACUUCCUUGAAGCAGCUCAUCUUAGAGGUCAGGGAGAAGAGCGAGAGCUCCACCCUGGAGCUGCUUCAGGUGAGACAAGCUGGGGAGGGGUGGGUUAGCACCACUCACUAAACUCCGCGUGUCUUUAGAGCUGCAUGUCUUUCCUGGUGAGUGGGUUUCAUAGAAGAAAUGUUUUCUCUCUGUUGAUAAUUAUGAUACUACUGUCAUUAAAGAAUCAAAGAUUCACCUUUCAAAGGAAAUUAAUGUGAAAGUUAGGUAUGCUGAGCUCAGGUAUUAUGAGAUACCUAGGUUCACUUGGGCUAAUCGUUUGCGUAGGAUCUGAAGCACAUCUAAGACUUUUCCAUUCAUCUUAUUUGUACAUUUAUAAUUUGUUAAAAUAGUAAAACAAAGCAACCUAAAAUCACAAAGUAGAUAAGUG